AUGGGAAAUACCACGGAAACUUCCCAUUUUGUUUCCAAAAUCCCAAAGGAGCACGAUGUCUUCAUGGGUUCUUUAUACACAACCUUCUGUAUUCUGUCACUCUUGGGAAAUGGCAUCCUGCUCCUUGUUGCGUAUCGUAAGAGAUCAUCUCUCAAGCCGGCAGAAUUCUUCAUCAUAAAUUUAUCUAUUAGUGACCUUGGGAUGACAGUUACUCUCUUUCCCUUGGCGAUUCCAUCUGCCUUUGCUCACAAGUGGCUGUUCGGAGAGCUGACAUGUUUGUGCUAUGCUGUAUGUGGCGUCCUCUUCGGCUUAUCCAGCUUGACAAAUCUCACCACUCUGUCGUCCGUCUGCUGCCUCAAAGUCUGCUUCCCAAACUAUGGUAUUGUUCCUCAACACCUUUCACACCGCAAUACAUUUAUCUUCCACCCUGGCCCUCCUCCAUAUCUUAAUUAA